AUGGAAAAUUAUAAUCAAACACCAACUGAUUUCAUACUAAUGGGAUUGCUCCCCCCUUCAACGAUUGGCCUGUUUCUUUUUAUUCUCAUUGUUCUUAUUUUCCUAAUGGCUCUAUUUGGCAACCUCUCCAUGAUCCUCCUCAUCUUUCUGGACAUCAGUCUUCACAAACCUAUGUAUUUUUUACUUAGUCAGCUAUCCCUAAUUGACCUAAAUUACAUCUCUACCAUUGUCCCAAAAAUGGCCUCCAGUUAUCUCUUUGGAAACAAAUCUAUCUCCUUCAUUGGAUGUGGGAUUCAGAGCUUCUUCUUCUUGACUUUAGCAGGUGCUGAAGCACUGCUCUUGGCCUCUAUGGCUUAUGAUCAUUAUGUGGCCAUUUGCUUUCCUCUUCACUAUCCUAUCAGAAUCAGCAGAAGAGUGUGUGUGUUGAUGAUAAUAGGGUCUUGGACAGUGGGUUCUAUUAACUCCUGUGCCCACACCAUAUAUAUUUUAGAUAUUCCUUACUGCCGAUCCAGGGCCAUCAAUCAUUUUUUCUGUGAUGUCCCAGCCAUGUUGACUCUGGCCUGCACGGACACCUGGAUCCAGGAGUACACAGUGUUUCUAAGCACCAUCCUCUUUCUUUUGUUGCCUUUCAUUUGUAUUGCAUUUUCCUAUAGCCAUGUUCUCCUUGCUAUUUACUGCAUACACUCAGCAGAAGGGAAGAAGAAGGCCUAUUCAACCUGCAGUACUCACCUUACUGUGGUGACUUUCUACUACAUGCCCUUUGCUUACACUUAUCUACAUCCAAAAUUUCUUUGUGCUCCAACAGAGGACAAAGCUCUGGCUGUCUUCUAUACUAUUCUUACCCCAAUGCUCAAUCCUGUUAUCUACAGCCUGAGAAACAAGGAAGUGAUGGGGGCUCUGAGAAGAGUAAUUCAGAGAAUCUCCUCUGUGAAAAUGUAG